UAAGUGCUUGGCUAUCGUCCGAUCAAUCGACAUGGAAAGUUUGUUCCGUCGUCGUUUCAGGCAAAGCCCGGGUAACAACCAUCUCCCGGUCCUCCGCCGGAGGCGAUUGGUGGGUCACCAAUUUAUUGAACCUCGCCACUUUCUCUUAUCUACCGUAGCAUUCCCAGGAUCUACUGUACAUUCUACCACAUGAGGUGCCGAUCUAUAGCUGCUAUAUGGUGCGGUUCUUUUCUACCGCACAAAGUAACUGCUGUCGCCACUCUUAGUCGACCGCCGACUCUCUACACCGGAGGACCCGAUGGCUCCAUCAUCUGGUGGACCGUUUCCGGCACUGAUUCCAAACAGGAGAUUAUACCGGUUGCUAUGUUGUGUGGACAUGCUGCCCCGAUCGCUGAUCUUGCAAUCUGUUUCCCUAUGAUAAAUUCCGGAGCUGGAAAUGUAGAGAGUACAAGUAAUGACCCAAUGAAUUCUAACUCAACUGAUUACGGUGCACUUAUAAGUGCGUGCAUUGACGGCGUAUUAUGUGUUUGGAGCAGAAGCAGUGGACUUUGUAGGCGCAGAAGGAAAAUGCCACCGUGGGUUGGAAAGCCCUCAAUGAUACGAGUAUUACCAGAAAGUUCGAGAUACAUUUGCAUUGCUUGUUGUUUUGUUGACACCUUUAGUUCGUUUGACAACCAGUUACAUGAUAAUUCUUCUCGGGCAGAUGUUUGUAUGGAUAAAGAUUCACAAUGUGGAAAAUCUGGGAAAUGUGCUGUUAUUAUAGUUGAUUCAUAUACUCUUACCAUUGUUCAAACUGUAUUUCAUGGGAAUUUAUCAAUUGGGUCAUUAAGAUUCAUGGAUGUUAUUCCUCCUUUAGAGGAUACUGACAGUCAAUUGGUGGUCAUGGUUGAUUUACUAGGGAAAUUACAAUGUUUCACAGUGGAAAAGGAUUCCAGAGAGGGGGAGAAUGAGACCAGCAUGCAAAAGGGUUCUACCUUAGAACUCACCCAUUCUGUUGAGAGUUUGAGUGAAAGAGUGCAGGUUCUAGCAUUUGCUGCCCAGGGUCAAAUUAUUGCUCUUGUCUAUAGGGCUCACUGCACAUUUAAGUUGUUGACCGGUGAGAUUACAAUAGGAGAAAUUUCUUUCGCUGACAAUCAACUUUGUCUUGAAGAUGGUCCCACUCAGGUUCAUAUUGCGGGUUGCAUGUUUCUUGAGCAAAAUCAAAUGAAGGAGAGUCUGAAUUCUAUUGAUUCACAGAACGCAUCCACACAUGAAUUUGUUGUUUGGAAUGACAGAGGCUUUGCAAAUGUCUAUCGUAUAACAUAUUCAGAUAGUGUGUUCAAGUUUAAACUUAUAUCACUUAUUCCUGCCACUUCUUACCCACGUGAUGCAAGAGUAUCUAUUUGUUUUUCUCAAUUGAAUCAGUUUCUUCUUCGCAUUGAAUCAAUUUCUUAUGCUGAAUGUUCCUCAGUUUCCAAACCUCACAUCACAGCCUGGUUGGUGCCUCGAAGAUACGAUCAUAGUGAACAUUUGUUUGUAGAGAGUAUACUGAUUGGGCAGUCGAGAUCAUUUGUUGAAUGUAUUCCAAAUUUGAACCCUGGAAAAGUUGAGUGUCAUGAUUCUGGAUCCGAAGUUAGAGUUGGGAAGACUCUGUUAUCUACCCAGCAAGAUCUAAUACUCAACGACGCAGAUGAUAACAUCAAAGGCAACAGAGAUAUUUUGUUUUCACGCAAAAGAUAUCAUGUGUCUUCUUCUAUGGUCAUUUCUGAGGGUUAUAUUCCAUCUGCUAUUUUAUAUGGACUUAGCAAUGGAGAUAUUGAAUUGGUUCACUUAGAUACCUUUAUUGGGAGCCCAGAAUACCAUUGUAAAAACAGUACAUGUGAGGAUAAGGUGGAUUCAAAUGCUUCUAAGCAAUACCUUUUGGGGCAUACUGAUGCUGUACUAUGUCUGGCUAUGCAUGUUAUGUUUGGUACUGCCAGGGGAUGGAGUUUUUCCAGGGUUUUGUUGUCCGGGAGCUUGGACUGUACUGUUCGUAUAUGGGACCUUGAUUCUGGCAAUCCUAUCAUGGUUCUGCACCAUCAUGUCUCUCCGGUUCGCCAGAUAAUCCUUGCUCCAUUUCAAACUGACCAUCCAUGGAGUGAUUGUUUUCUCUCCAUUGGGGAUGAUAUGUGCAUUGCUCUUGUUUCCCUUGAGACCCUGAGGGUAGAGAGAAUGUUUCCUGGACAUCCCUACUACCCUGCAAAAAUUUUGUGGGACGGGCAACGAGGAUAUUUGGCAUGCCUUUGCCAGUACCAUUCUGGAGCAUCUGAUGCCCAUGAUGUUCUAUACAUUUGGGACAUAAAGACAGGUGCUUGUGAGCGGGUUCUUCGAGGAACAUCAUCUCAUUCAAUGUUUGAUCACUUUGGUAAGGGAAUCAAUAAUAUUUGCCUAACUGAUGGCUAUUUGAAUGGAAAUACUUCAGCUUCCUCAUUUCUUCACAUAUUUGAAGAUCCACAUUUUCCACAAUCUCAUGUUAAGGAUGUUGGUAAGGGGGCUUAUCCAUUAGGUACAUUUUCAGGCAGAGAAAGUAUCCCCAAGUCCAGUGAUAACAAAAAACAUGGUAAAGGAGACUUGUCACAGUUAAGCCCCCAAAGGAACAAGCUUCCUAUUAAGAGUUCAACCCCAUUUCCUGGAAUUGCAGCUCUGAGCUUUGACCUUGAAGCACUAAUGUCUUCUUGCAAAAGAGAUGGUAUCUUUAAGGACAAAGGUCACGAGAAUGCCCAUGUUAAAGAGCAGAAAACUGGAAAACACCCAAGUAUUGAUGAUAAUAAUCGUAAUGUAGUUGGUAUGAAGGAAGAGAUUAUUGGAAUGCCAAGUACACAUGAAGCCCAUGUAGAGAGGUUCAAAGAUGAUUGUUCUGAUUCUCAUAUUCCGUCGCUUGAAUAUUUGCUUCAGUUUACUAUGUCUUUCUUGCACUUCUGGGAUGUUGAUGAGGAGCUUGAUGAGUUGCUAGUUUCUGAUAUGAAGCUUAAGAAACCAGACUUUCUUUUAGCUGCUGCCUUGCCAGGAGACAGAGGAUCUUUGACUGUGACAUUUCCCAAUUCAAAUGCUACUGUUGAGCUUUUGAGAUCGUCAUCAGAAUUUUCAGCGAUGAGGUCACUGACCAUGGUUUCCCUUGCACAACAUAUGGUUAGCUUGUCUCAUUCCUUUUCAGUUGCCAGCAGUGCUCUGGCUGCAUUUUAUACUCGGAAUCUCAUGGAGAAAUUUACGGAUAUAAAACCACCUUUACUCCAGCUGCUGGUAAGUUUUUGGCAAGACAAAAGUGAACAUACAAGAAUGGCAGCACGCACCCUGUUCCAUUGUGCAGCUUCAAAAGCGAUUCCACCUCCUCUGAGAAGUUGUAAACUUAAUGCUCAUGAACAACCUUUGAACGAUGGUGUAAUGGAACAUGAGAGUGUGGAGACAGAAGAAGCAAUAAAAAACGGAUCAUUAUUCGACAGCAUUGAGCAAAAGAAAUCUAUGACAGAGGAAUCUGAAAUAGUUACAUGGUUAGAAUCAUUUGAAGCACAAGACUGGAUAUUUUGUGUUGGAGGAACCAGUCAAGAUGCAAUGACAGCUCACAUAAUUGUUGCUGCUGCUCUUGCCAUAUGGUAUCCUAGCCUUGUCAAACCAAGUCUUGCUUCACUGGUUAUUCAUCCAUUAAUGAAGCUGGUCAUGGCCAUGAACGACAAAUAUAGCUCUGCUGCUGCAGAGUUGUUGGGAGAAGGAAUGGAGAGCACGUGGAAGGCAUGCAUUAGUUCGGAAAUACAUCGUUUGAUUGGGGAUAUAUUCUUCCAAAUAGAGUGUGUAAGUGGUGUUCCAGCCAAUGUAUCAGCACCAAAUCCAGUUGCAUCUCUUAGCAUCCGCGAGACCUUGGUUGAGUUUCUUCUACCAAGUUUAGCAUUAGCGGAUGUGCCGGGAUUUCUGAAUGUAAUUGAAAGCCAAAUUUGGUCCACUGCAUCUGAUUCCCCUGUUCACGCAAUUUCUCUCAUGACUCUCAUUAGGGUUAUACAUAAUUCUCCAAGAAGCUUAACACAAUAUCUAGACAAGGCUGUUAGUUUCAUUUUACAUACCAUGGAUCCCAGCAACUCUGUCAUGCGUCGAAUAUGCUUUCAGAGUUCAAAAGUAGCACUGAAAGAAAUAGUCAGUGCGUUUCCCAUGGUGGUUUUAAAUGAGUCGUCAACUCGACUUGCUGUUGGGGAUGCCUUUGGGGAGAUCAAUAAUGCUACUAUUCGAAUAUAUGACAUGCAAAGUGUGUCAAAAGUAAAAAUAUUGGAUGCAAGUGCUCCACCAGGAUUUCCAUCUUUGCUUGGAGGAGCUCAAGAUAUGUCUGCAGUCUCGGCAAUUUCAGCAUUAAGCUUUUCACCUGAUGGAGAGGGACUAGUUGCUUUCUCCGAGCACGGCUUAAUGAUUAGAUGGUGGUCACUAGGAUCUAUUUGGUGGGAGAAACUGAGUAGAAAUUUUGUUCCAGUUCAGUGCACCAAAAUGAUUUUCGUUCCCCCUUGGGAGGGAUUUUCUCCUAAAGCAGCAACCAGAACGAGCAUUAUGGCCAGUGUGAUGCCACGUGAUGGACAAGCUUCACCGAAGGAGAUUAAAGGGGGUUUGUGCGAUACGGAUCAGUUGAAACACUUGAUCCUCAAUCUCGACCUCUCCUACAGACUGGAAUGGGUUGGCAGUAGGAAAGUCGUGCUUAAAAUGCACGACCAAGAAUUAGGUGCCUUCCAGCUGUUGUAAAAUUAUACAUCAUCUGGACAUGUGAUACAUCAUAUGCAUACAUAUGAAUCUUCUUCAUAUGAGAAAAAAAUGGUCAGUUCUCUAUUCGAAACUCUAUAGCAGGAAGAAGUACCAUUUACUCAUCAAAAAAUGAUCUUUCAAACCUCAUAGAAACAAUACAAAUAUUUUUUUCUUAUAAUGUUCUGAUUGCUUUUUGUUCAAGUGCUCUUCUUUGUUACUUCUCUACAAUUACAAAGUUCACCCUCAUUAUUAUGUUGUAUUUAUUAUAGGCCAAAUUUCUUGUAGUUCUUUCAAGAUUCUAUGUGAAACAGACACGACGCAUCAAUUACUUUUUAUUUUAUUUUAUUUUUUGCACAAAGUUUAUUGUAAGUGGAAUAGAAUUUGUGAGCUAUUAUGCUAAUGUAGUUUAACAUAAUGAACAUUGUAACCCUGAUAGAGUUGGACUGUGAUUCUUACUGAAAGCACUAAAAUGAAGUUAUUGUGUU